AUGUUCUCUCCUCUAGCAUAUCCUAGCGGAACGCUCCUGUAUGAUCUCUCAACAUCACUUUCCCCGGCUUCUCACUUAUCACUGUCACCAUUUGAACAGUUCAGAGAACCGCUUCUGAUCAUUGGCAUCGGAGAUGCUACUGAGUAUGCAUGGCUGGAACCGUCUCGUACACCAGGCGCCACUUCAGAUAGCGCAACUGGCGAGCCUGCGCCUGAAGACGAACAUGCGAUUGCUGUCCAGUCUGCCGUGAAAGAUUUAAGAGAGCAAUUUCCCAGAGCCUACCUACACAGCUUUAUGAUGUUUGAUUAUGCGGCCCAGGCACGACACCAUAGCUUGCCUGAGGAGACGGUGUUGAUUCCUCCCAAGUCUCAGCUCAAGACCACGACGAUGAAGACGUUCAUGUGCGACCUUACUGCGACUCUUCUGGCAGAGAUGACCACGCUGGCGAGGUCGUAUCAAGCACUUCCCACUAUUGCUUCACCUGCAUCACAAAGCGGCAACGCAGGGUAUGUUCCCAGCUGGGCUAAUCAGGAAUCCGCUACUUCACAAUUUUCGCGGCGCAAUUCCCAAGUGCCGACCACCAGCAGACCAGAAUCGCCGGAGACAGGCGAUCAUAGGGACAUUCACCGCAUGUCCAUGCCUGUACUCUCAUCUGCUCCAGGAGACGCAUUGACGACAGAAGAUCCAAGAGUUGCCACAUCUACUACGCAGGGAGCGCGUACACCACCUACCACGUUUGAUGAAAUACCCGGCGUAAACGCGACGAAUAGUUUGCAACGAACGAGCAGUAAUUCAUCAAAGUCAGGUUCAACAUCAAAAGAUCGGGGUUCUGAAAGAGUUUCCAUUCACGGAUUUGGUUCUGGAGGUGUUGGUGAGCGGGCACGGAACAAAGGCCGUGGUCGGGUCAGUAUCGUGAUCGGAACACUAUACAUGCUUGCAGGACAAUGGCACGAAGCUCUCAGGGAACUCAUCGAAGGCGCGACAAAAGCCCGUGCCUAUAGUGAUCACUUGUGGCAUGCCAAAGCCCUCGAGAACAUCAUGGUCUGCUUAACGUUAUGUGCAUGGUCGGGUGUGGAGUUCCAGAUACCUUCAAUAUGUUACCCAAUGUCCGAUAAACUGGCAAACAGCAAAUCGCCUCAGCACACGCCAUCAAACAGCAAUGCUAACCUAUCCGCUCCUGCCAGGCCCGCCCAUCUCGAAGCCGCUCUCGAGAGCCUGAACUCGCUUCUACCUGAUCUUGUCAACAUGAUAUUAAACAUUUAUACCCGAGCAGCGAACUUUGCAGGGGAAUCGAUGCCGCCUCUGGCAUUCUCUGAAUGUGUCAUACGCUUCUCCAAGCUUCUCUCUGCAAUCAACCUGUCGGCUGGCCAUCUCGAUGACGAUGCGCUCCGACACCUUGUUCUAAAUACUCCAUACAGGCAGAAGCCCCGGCUCUCUGUUCCACGGCUCAGCGUAAACCCCACGCGGAAUGACAUUGCUGGAAUGCUCUUUCGUGCUCUACCAGGACCGGUCGAGACGUCUGGAAUCAGCCCUACCGAUCGAGUCAUGAUCCUGUCAGGCAUUGCUUCCGUGCUGACAUCUUUGGGGUUGCAAAGAAAAAAAGCCAUCGUGAUGAGAGAGUUCAUCACCUCACUUAUCCCAGGUCUUGUUCAAGCUAGGAAGGUGGGUGCAGCAGAGAUGGGCGUACACCCUGCUGCUGGGUUGGCCGCUCUCAAUGUGGCCAGCGGAAACUCUUCCGGUGCUGGUUCGCUCAAAUCACGCGAAGGCGAGGCCGAAAAUGGUAUUGACGAGUUUCUAGGCCUACUUGGCCGAAUAUACGGGAUUCCGAACUCGAAGCAGUCUCUGCUUGAGAGCCCAAUCGGAGGUAACAGAAUGACCAAAAACGAAACCAGCCAGGAUGUGGUUGAGGACAUCCUGACGAUUUCGUCGAUGAGGGCUUUCGGAAGUCUCCAGUUAAAGCUAGAUGUAUUGCGGAUGUGUCUUAACUUUUGCGAAGCCCUUCCAAAUUUCAACGGAAUCCUUCAUUUUACAGCACUGAUACUCCGGAUAGCAGGGCCUGGAACAGCGCCAAAGUCAAACAGCACGGAUGUGUUUGUGUCGUUGUUGCGAGAAGAACAGGUCAGACUGUUCUCAAAUGUCUCUCGGACUGUUACCGCAGCAAAAAAGCUUGGCCUGCAGAAUGUCGAGACAGAGUAUUGGGACGAUUUUCUGGUCCGCGGGUUGUUUAUAUUGGAGGAGCCGGAGAAGCUUCGAUUGACCCAUCACCGUCCUGCCGAGCUACAAUCAACAACCUCAGGAAACGCUGGGCCUUUCAUUCAUAACCCCUGGCUGAAAAGGCCAGAAGCAGAUACUACGGAGACUGUACUCGUGGCCAACGAAAAGUAUCGCUUUGUCAUCGCUCUGCAAAAUCCCUACGACUUCGAACUAGGGGUGGAUUCGCUGAGGAUUGCCGCGAAAGGUGUCGAAUUUGUCGCCUUGGAAGAGCAUUUCAUCCUGGGUCCUUACCGAACCCAGAAGUUCCAAAUCGCAGGCAGGGCGCUUUCAUCUGGUAAACUGGAGAUUAUUGGAUGUCACGUCAAGGUCGUUGGCUGUCGAGAACGACUCUUCCCCAUCUUCCCGCAGCCUUGGAAGCCAACGCGGGAGCCAAAGAUGAAGAAGAUUGGUCUGAAAGCAUGUCUGGGGGCACCAGCUUCUCGGCCUUCGACAGCCGUCCCGUCAACAUCUCGAAAGGCGGAUACUGCGCCUACUCCAGAGUCGUUAACGUUUAAUGUCAUACCUGAUCAGCCUGUAAUCGUUGUGACAAAGGUGUCAUUACCCCAGUCCGCGCUCAUGGUUCUUGAAGGCGAGAAGAAACGGUUCACGGUAACCGUGAAGAACACGUCGCAAAUCACAGCAGUCGACUUUGUUCAUAUUUCCUUCCAGGACUCUGCAACAGCGUCUGUUCAAGCAGCUACCUCGGAGAAGGGCAUCUCAGCUGCCGAGCUUCAUGAGUUGGAAGUGCAACUAGCACACUUUCCAUCUCUACGCUGGUGUAGAAACGAAGGGGAAGAAUCGAUCAGCAUUGCACCAGGUGCAGAGAUGGACUUUGCCAUCGAGGUUGUUGGGCGAACUCGUCUGACUGAAGCAUCCAUACAGAUCGACUAUGCUAACCUUGGCAAGCGACGCUCCGAGGUCAGCGACCAGUUUUCUACCCGGCAGGUGUUCGUCCCAAUCUCUAUCACAGUGAACGCCAGUGUGCAGCUCCAGCGCCCAGAUAUCCUACCAUUGUCAGGUGAUAUCUCGUGGCACAAUCAGGAACGGCGCGCUGGAGCCGGCUUAGACGGCAAUGAGCCUGUAUCGGGAACGCAAUCAUCCGCGUUGUCCGAGUCCUUUCUCCAACUCAUACCCAAGCAAGGGCAAGUCGACGAAUAUUGCAUGUUACUCCUGGAUUUCCGCAACUCCUGGCCCAACCCGCUAUCCGUCUCACUCCAAGUCCGACCACCACCAACCGACAACAACGAACAAAACGAGUCACCUGACAACACUCAUGCAGUACACGAAGUAAUCCAACCAGGCCACGUCAAUCGAGUCGUCGUCGUGAUUCCCAAAAUCUACCUCCCAAACCCGCACGCAACCAUCCCCUCGCUCAACCCAGCCAACCAGCGCCAAUUCGUCGUCAGCACAAGCAAAAUCUCCCCCGAAACAGAGCGCGCCACAAGAGAAGCAUUCUGGUACCGCGACUCGCUCCUGCAGCUCGUGCACGGUACCUGGACCGAAGAAAGCAACAACCGCACCGGCGCCAUCGAGCUGCGCAGCAUGCACCUCACGCCGCGCAUGGUCGAAGCCGUGAAGCUCGACGACAUCAAGAUAGACACACACCUAGUGCCCGACCACCCAGCUGACGACACCAGCACACCCGUCCGCCAACUCGGCCGCGCGAAAUUCGAAAUCAACAUCGACACUUUCCUCACGCUCAAAACCUCGAUCCACAAUCGCAGCCCGAACCCGCUCUCCCUCCUCCUGAGACUACAGCCCCACCUCGCCGGCCUGCCGCAUAAUAUCGCGCUCGACCUCGAUAAACGUUUCUCGUGGACGGGCGUUUUGCAGCGCAAGUUGCCUGUUAUUCAGCCUGGGCAGACGGUCGAGUCGGAACUCGGUAUUGUGGCGCUAUGUAGCGGGACGUUUGAGAUCGGGGCUACGGUCGAUGAGGUGGAGGUUGUGAGCCCGGUCGGCGGCGGGGAGGAGGGGAAGAGGGCGAGGAGCGAUACGCAGAGUUUGCUGCAGGGGGGUGUGCUGGGGGCGCCUGGGCUGAGGAGUUGGUAUGGGGAUGAGCCGUGUACGAUUGUUGCGCGGAGAGGUGGAGGACGGUGA